AAGAACGCACCUAUAUUCUUCUUGGAAAAGAGGGGACACAUAUUUUUGCAUUUUAAUUUGAGUUGGCACAAUAAUUUGUGGAAAACGAAGAGGUGUGGACAUGGCGGACGAUUCGACUAGCAAUACCAACCAGUCAUCGGCCGAAGCUGUGGCGAACAACGACGAUCUCUUGAAUCAAAUCCUAGUGGGUCUGCCGAUAAGAUCACUCCUUCGAUUCAAAUCAGUCUCCAAACACUGGCUAUCUUUCAUCACUCACCCCCACUUUGUUCGCCGCAGAACUCUCAACUUCGAACCUUCCGGCCUCUUCGUGGAAUGCUAUUCGAAGCCACUUCUCAUUCCAGGGUUCGAUUUCAUACCUUUCAACAAUCUCAACCCCACAAAACCCCCCCUCACAACCCACCCCAAAUUCAUCGGAGACCCUUUUGGUAUUCGAAAUUUUCAGUCUUGCAACGGUUUGUUGUUGGGUGAUGGUCGGCAUUUAUACAUCUACAAUCCCACUACCAAUCAAUUCACCACUACUCCUGAACCACCUACUCACCGAGCUCGCACAACUGUCAACUGGUUUAACUUCGUUUGUUAUUCUAGUUUAGCUUUUGAUCCAUCGAAAUCGCCUCACUACAAAGUUGUUUCUGUUUAUUCUUCUAAAACAUUGUCUGAACACUAUGAUGUUGAGAUCUUCUCCUCCGAAACUGGCCUCUGGACUCCCUCAUCGACCAACCCGUUACGUGCCGAUAAUGUUAAUUUCAAGAAUGGGGUAUUUUGGAAUGGUGCUCUUCAUUGGAUUGGCUUUUGGGAUGCCGAUUCCUUGUACUUCAACAUUGAGGAAGAUCGUUUUAGAACACUGCCGACGCCUCCUACCCCAGAAGGUCGGAAUGAGAGGGGGCGGAGGAAUUUUAGGGAGUCCCGUGGCCAUUUGCAGCUGAUUGAUAUUUAUGGUUCUCAAACUAAACAAUUCAAUGUGUAUGAGAUGGAGAGUGACUACUCUGCAUGGUUUGUGAAGUACCGUGUUGAUCUUGAUGCCAUUCCAAAUGCAUUUCCCGAAAUGGUUUGUAACUCACUUGGUUGUUAUGAAUUUUUCGUACUUAGUCUUGUUCGGAGAGAGAAUGAUGACGAGUCAUUUCUAGUGCUGCACAUACCAGGUAAGAUCCUGCGAUAUAAUUUUCAGGACAAUAGUUUUAGUACGGUAUUAGAUUUUCCUCCAAGCCACCAAAAGUUUAGAGUUGGUGGACUGUGUGAUGCAUUCGAAUACAUUGAGUCUCUGGCUUAUGUUUGAAAAUGUUUCCUACUCAAAAUCGUUGGGAUUCACCUGUUUUUUGACUAUCUAUCGAUCUAUGUUUUUUUUGUUUUUUUAAGUCGUGAAACUGUAAGCAUGUGUGUUAAAUGUUACUUGAUUAUAAGAAUAAUGCACCAGUUGCAUCCUUUUGCAA